GAAGGCGGUCAAGACAUUUAACCGCGUAGAACCGCUAAAUUGACCUAAAACUUACAUCAAUAGAAGUAUUUUUUACUUACAUAAAAGCCUACCAAUUCUAGCUCUGGAGGUAUGCCGCAUUUAUCGGCGUCAGCGUUUUGAGUACUACCAUAAAUACAAACAAAACUUUUGCUGGACAAAAAGAAAAAUUUAUGAACGAAUUCUAUUUCCAUGCUCGUAAUAAAUAACGGUAUCAGUGCGCAUAAUUUGUAAACGUUGAGCGAAGCACAGCGCGCCCCAUUGAAGUACUGUAAUCAAGCGUCUCGGUGGAGACCUAAAAUUUAACAAUAAAUUGAUUGUUCUGUCAAUUGUCAACAAGCAUUGACAUUACAACAGCAACAACAGCCAGCCACCGUCUAAGACCGCAGAAAACUAUUAGCUUGGCAGCAUAAGUCCCCAAUGGAUUGGUCAGGGCCGAGUUAUGUGUUAGUGUUGCUAGCACUUACAGACACUUUAACGCCGUUACCGUUCGCGCACAGCUGGAGUGCAACAACAGCAACAACAAGCGACACGCCAGUUGGCGUUAGUGCUGGUGUGGGCGCAGCCAGCGCACGGAGCAUAAAUGAAGUAUCGCCAUAUAUAGAUUUAAUGCUAUGUCCGAUUAGAGAACAGCCAUGGGGCUGUGCGCGGCAACAAUCUGGACGCAUAUUGGAUUUGUGGGAUGGUGAAUUGCAUAUGCAGUGGCAGAAAUUGAAAGUGGAAGCCGAUCGGCAAUUGAAUGCGACACUGGAGAAGCGUGGCUACAGCGCCAGCGAGAGCCCCACCAAAGAGAAGCCCUCUACGAUAUUAAAGAAGAUCGAAAUCGGCACUGGUUAUAUGAAGAAAUAUUUGGCCGAAACUAUGGAUGGCUUUUUGGGCCGCGAGUACGACUAUGUGCAGCCGAAUAUCAAACAGAACUUCGUCAACAACGACAAUGAAACAGAAGAUGACGAGGAAGAGGAUGGCAGCGAGAAUGGCGAUGAAGAUGAAGAAGAGGAAGACGACGAAGAUGGCGAAACAGAGCCGUCGCAGAAUGAUGAUGAGGAUUAUGUAGAUCGCGAUGGCGUCACUAACCAGCAGCAUGAAGUCAACUUCUUAAAAGGCCGGCCGGUGGGCGUGAACAGCCAGCUGGAUCACAUUGACAUGGCGCCCCUAACUGGCACAGCGCCGGGUGUGGCUAAUCAUGAUUCCUCAGACGGCGUCGAAUUUAUUGAAAUCGAAGAUAAUGAAGAUGCGCCACCCGGCCAGUUGAAGGGCGGCGGCGGUGGUGGUAAAAAGAAACGCAAAAAUAAGAGAAAGAAGAAACCGGAAACACUUUUAGUCGUACAACCAGCUGAAUUGGAAUUGCAUGGGCAUGGCGGUCAUCACGAUGAUGCCGUUGAAUGGGUGCCGGUUUCGCAAGGUCAUAGCAAACCAUCGAAGAAGCAAAAACGAAAGAAGAAGAAGAAGCAUCAACUUGCCGAUGACAGCGUGUCAGUUGUGGUGGAGCAGGAGCCCUCGGAUCAUUUGGGUUUGGGUCUGCUGGAGGAGUUGGUGGAUGCCGUCGACGUUACGGAUGGUGGACACAAGCGCAAACACAAGAAACCGAUAAAAUAUGGUAGAAGCGUUGGAGUGACGCGUGGCAAGAAGAAGAAGAAGAAGAAGGCGAUCGCUAAACUGGUGCUGUUGGGCUCUUUCCUUAAGGCCAAGAUUGAGUUGCUUUUGAAGAUUUUGGGCGCUCAUUUGCAAAUUAAAUUCUUUGCCAUCGCCUUGAUUGGUCUGCUGAUAAAUAUCGCACGAUUCUGGAUCGAUGUUAAACGUGGUGGGACGCCGCAAAAGGUUGUCUAUGUUGAACAUGCACACCAUCAGCACCACUACGAGGAGCAUGGCGACGACUGGGGCGGCGAAUCGGGCGGCAGCUACUGGAAGCGUUCUCUGCAAACCGACCCCACACUGGAGGAGGCAGCCACCGACAGCUAUCAGCCAGUGGGGCAACACCAGGAUCCACACUAUAAGGCAUACCACGGCCACUGGCAGUGAGCGGUAUUAGGGAGGAGUUGCGAGAAGAUUUAAAUCGUUGAGAUUGUAAACGCAAAUUCGAUUUUUUCUCUUCAAAUAUGCACUAGUAUAAUUUAAUUUAAUGUAAUUUAUUGUUGAGUAAUGAUUUUGUUGUACAAAAUUUCAAACAAUUUGCAAGCGCCUUUCGUUUAAGGAACACUGCGGCUGCGUGCAAGUUGUUUCACCGCAUAUUGUGUUCACAGUUAUGUUUCAACGAAAAACGGAAAAAUAACGAAAUUAUAUGAAUGAUGCCAGAAACCGUAGAUUUACGUUAAAAUUAGUGGUUUAGAAAAAAUUUAGAAAAUAAUUACUAGAUCUGGUCGAAAUUGUUAAGUUUGGCUUGUUUGAAGCGCAAAAUUAUUGUAACUACAGUAAUUGAAUUUAAUUAUUUUCUGUAUCUUUACGGCUAUGCAAAUUGAUAUUCGAUUACCACAACUUGAAAUUAGUUUUAAAUAAAUUUUUAUUUUUGUUUAUUAUUUAUUGAGAUACGCAUGCUCUCCAAUGCAGCAUUUUGUUGCAAUUUUUGCAGUGACUUUGCUUAUAUGCCAGCUUAAAAUCAUUUUUUUUAAUCUUUAAUGGUAUAAGAGGUACUGCAGAAUUGUGUCUUAGAUAUUUGAU